AUGUCCCUGGUGGAUUACCCAGAUUCCGCCUCGGAUGAUGAUGAUAAGAGCCUUAAUGUAGAUGCCCAGGCGGCACAAGCUGCCGCCAAAUCUACGUCGAAGCGCAAGCACAGCGAGUCCAGCAACGCUCUGCCACCCCUUCCGUCAGCCUUCCACGACCUUUACGCGACAAAUGCGCGUGUCAGCACUAGCGACAACCCAAGCCUACACGGCGGACGCAAGCGGGCUGUACCUCAUGUCGAGGGCAAAUGGCCUAGUCAUGUUUACUUAGAGUGGAUACCUACACAGCCUGAAUCCGAUGCUCUUCACAGCCUGCUACAGCAUGUGAGAGAAUCGAUUGCUCUCCAGAAUGCAAAGCGAACAAAGAAGCUACCCGUACCAGACAUCAUACCGUCUCUUCAGUCAGAGUUGGGUGCAUCGCUACCUCUUCAUGUGUCCUUGUCGCGAACCCUGCAGAUCAACACUGAUGACAGGGAACCAUUUCUCAAAACAAUGAGCGUUGCUGUGCGGCGAUGCGCUGUGCGGGCUUUCAACUUUGAGUUUCAGAGUUUGAAGUGGGUACCCAAUUUUGAGCGCAAUCGAUGGUUUCUGGUCCUUGGCAUCAAGCAGUCGAAACUGAAUGAGCUUAACCGCCUACUGCAGGCAUGUAACGACGCGACGCAGUAUAGUGGCCAUCCAGGUCUGUAUACAGGCGGAGUGGGAGACGGUCCGAUGGAAAGCCACGACUCUAACGACGGUCCGAAGCGGAGGAAGGUCGACAAGAACGAGGUCGACAAGAAUGAGCCUCACAGCCAUGAUUAUUCGCAAUAUUUCCACGUCAGCAUAGCUUGGAACUUGGCUGAGCCCGAUACCGAGUGGACGACUCUCGUCCAGAAUAUCGACACCAGUAAAUUCAUCCAGGCACCAGAAGCUGCUUUUGAUGCCGUCAAAGUAAGGGUUGGAAACACGGUCCAUAACAUUGCCCUGGCCAACAGGAGACCCGGUUUUGGUAAAGGCGGAGGAGGGCUGGGUUUGGGAUGA